AUGGAGCCAAUCGUCGCGUCAAAGGGAAAACUUGCCCAGCUAAGGUACGAGCUUCCGCACCGCGUACACGCCUCUACGGUAUACCCUGUCAAAGCUCCCAAUGGCUCGACUAUUAUAUUAUACGGCCACGAGACGGGCGUAGGCAUUCUUUGGAGAGGUGGACGUCCGUUGAAGAAGACCGCGCCGCCUCCCAAGCAGCCAGCGAAGCCAGCAAAGGUCAAUGGAAUAAGCAACGAUGCCAUUAUGAUCAUCGACUCCGACGACGACGAGCCUGCGAAAGCCGUUGCAGAGCCGCUACCCAAAGCAGAAUUCGAGGAGGAAGAAGAAGAACUCGAUCCAGAUCAGCCGUACGCCUCAAUCGUUCAGCAGCUGUCUCUGUCCCUUAGCACCCAAGUCCUACACAUCGCCGUACCUCAAAUACCGAGCGCCUCUACCCUACGACCCGCAGACACAAUACCUCCCAUAUUCAGUAAGAGCAUCGUCUUCACCGUCGCAUGUGCCGAUUCUACUGUGCGCAUCAUCACAUUACCUCUGAGCCCUCCUCCACAUGUCGCAAAAGACAAGCCAUACAGCGCAAAAUCACAUUUCGGCGAGGACAUCGUCAAAGUUCACGGUCACCAAAGUAUUCCAAGGGGUGUCACUAUGACUUGGACUGCAAAGGGAGAGCCAGACUCUGUAGAUGAGCCAGAAGACGGCAUGGACGUGGAUGAAGAGGAAGAAGACGCUGCAACUUCUGAGCACAAAUACCAACCGCGUGCCGGUGAAGGCUUCGACUUGCUCGUUGCCUCGCACUCUGCCGAGCUGGGAGGCUUGCUCAAGCUCUUUCGCUUUGAGUUGUCGGAGACGUCACUAAAGGUCUCACAUCCGGUUGUGCCUUACAAGACCCUUACUCUCAGCAAGCCCGCCUCUCGCAUUGCAUUCAACACUGCCCAGUAUCCGAAGCGCCGACAUUCCCAACUACUCGUCGCAGAUUCAACGGGUACUGCGCGCAUCUACGAUCCUUUUGCGUUACCCACUCGUAGUCGACGACCAAGCGGCGGCCGUAAUGAGCCUGGCGCAUUUGUGGGAACAUUCAGGUCAUCUUUCGAAGGCGUCAAGAACAUUGUGCUGACUCCGGCUGUUCUCGCGUCGCGCAAAUCUAUCAUCGAUGCAGCUUGGGCUUCCGAUGGCCGUCACGUACUUGCUUUGCUAGCAGAUGGUGAGUGGGGUGUCUGGGAUAUUGACCGGUCUGGUCCAAGCCCCCCAGCAGAUCCAUCGGCUUUCUCUCUCCGAGGAUAUGUCGGUACAGUGGAGAAGGAGGGAAGCUCUAGCGGCGCAUCGAGUCCAAAGCGUGGAAGCCGCAACUCGUUGGCUCCAAUGACACCGAAUACACGCAAGCGGAAAGAGGAAACACUCUUCCAGGGCAGCGCAUCAAGUUCGACAGUAGCAACUAGAGGCGGCGUCUCUGUCGCGAGCAUCGCGUCAACUAAUGGAACAUCAGAAGACUCAGUUCUCAUCUGGUAUGGAUCCGAAAUCUACCGGAUAGCCGAUUUGAUCAAGUUCUGGAGUCGUACUGCUUCUGCCAGCAGCGGUGGUUCCUUACCGGGCCCUGGCCUUCAAGUUCAAGACGUUUUACUUUGUGGGGAAGCUAUCACCUCCGUCUCACAAUUCGACACAACAACCCAAGCAUCACGCAUGGCUGUCGCCAGGGAUACUCUCAUCUCAACAGAGCACCGUCUCAUCAUCACUGCGAGUACUAGCCAGCCUCUUGGACGUGACCUGAACGCCAUAUUUGCCCGUGAGCAAGUCGAAGAUGACGCAUCAAAUCGGACAGACCAGGCUCUCCUUACCCAUGGCGAGCUUGAUCUCGGCGGCAUGGACAGGAUGCUCGAGAGUAUGGAGGGUAGCGGAACCAGUGGGGCCGUUUCCAAGAGCCUGACCAUGGGCGGACCUCGCAAGGUCCUUUUCGCUUCGUCCGCAGCCUAA